UCAGCGCUUGAGGAAGGUACCGUUUCGCAAUAACAUUACGCAUAGGGUAUCGAUCAGACGAAAGUUGCGUCUGCGGAAAGCCACGCAAAAUGCUGAGGGAUUGAUGGGCUUUAUCCCGCCAGGUAUUCGCAUGGACGAGUAUAAAGCAUCACAGGACCUCCCUGCUAUUCAGUAAAUGCCAGAGUCAGAGCCUCACCAUGAACAAUCCACAGGAGACUCUUAAACAGUUCGCUGAACGUGCAUCUCGAUACGCCAUUAACCUGAACGGACAGGUCAAUAAAGAAGAUAACUGCACUAUUCUAUGUGGAGGGAAUGCCAUAGUGUAUUCAGGCAUUCUGCGAUGCCAUGGAACAACUUGCCAAACAAGGGUAGCUAUAAAGGCAGCACGUGGUCUUUCAAGCGACGAGCGUAUGAUUAGGCGAGUUUUUAAAGAAGUACAUCUCUGGUCGAAACUCCGCCAUGGAAACAUUGUUGUGGUGCUAGGAACCACUACUGAAAUUGAUCUAACGGUGUCCAUUGUGUCUCCCUGGAUGGCAAAGGGAAAUGCGCAUGCGUACGUGCAAAAUACGGACAUCGAUCCUGGUCCUCUGACGAUAGACAUUGCACGAGGACUACAGUACCUGCAUAGUCUCAAAGAAGGUGCAGUAUUCCAUGGCGACUUGAAAGGCCCCAACGUGUUAAUAUCUGAUAGUGGCCGAGCUCUUGUUACUGACUUCGGCUUUUCUCAUCUUGUUAAUUCUACGUUCAGCAUGACUGUCUCCGGCAAAGGUGUAUGGUCUAUAUAUUGGACGGCUCCCGAGGUUUUUCUUGACGGGAAGGAAAUAUCCACAGAAGCUGAUGUCUGGUCAUUUGGGAUGACACUCUUGGAGUUGUUUACGCGCGAAGUCCCGUUGCACCAAUUCACAUGGAGUAUCAUCAUCAGUAAAAUGUACCGAAUGGAAAUACCAGAUCGCCCAAGCGAUGAAAAAACGUGUUCGCGUCUGACAGACGAAUGGUGGGCUAUUUGCGUGAAGUGUUGGAAUUAUGAGGCCUCAUCACGCCCAACGAUGGCACAUGUUUUACAAGCCAUCACAAACCUGCAACAAUGAGAAACUCCUACGCCUGCCACGAUGUAGUGAGCCAGUAGCUUCAAUGGUCUUACACAGAUACGGUGG